AUGAAGUACAUCCCCCUCGCGAGCUUUGAGACGAUCAACUCCCUGCUACACGCAGUGGAGGCGCAGGGCUGUCUCAUCACCAUCCGUCUCGAGGCCUUCACUUGCCGUCACACCCGCGAGGAACGCCAGAUCGCGGCGGACCUGGCCCAGUACCAGACAGAGGUCCAGCGCACCCCCCCCCUGUCCCCUUCCCCGGCCCUUAUGCUCCAGUCCCAUCCCAGUGAGGGUUCUCCCGGGCUGUGGAGGAGCCCCGGCCUUAGCCUGGAUGUCGUCGGCGGGGUGCCACCGCCGCUGGUGCUGGGCGGCAGCGUCUACCCCGAUGAGCCCCCCCCAGCGGUCGCCCCGGAGGAUAUCGACGCCCGGCUGGUUUUCUUCGUCGCCGCUCUGAAUGGGAUGUACUGCCGGGAUGGAUACGACUUCGCAGUGCUGACGGAGCGUGACUUCGUCUCGCACGACGCAGAGAUGGUCCGGGCGGAGCUCGAGCUCACGAUGCAGGGGUUCCCGGAGAGCUGCCAGCCGGCGGUGCGCGGGCUCUGGAACGCGAUCCGGUCCCAGGUGCUCGAUCCCGCGCAGGGAUGCGAGGUCUACGAGUUCUGUUGCCCCAGUUGCGACCCACUCGCGGCGACCUCGAUCUUUUCCCACCACUACUUCUUUUACAAUAAGACGCGUAAGGUGGUGGUGGUGCUAGUGGAGUACGCAGAGGGGAACCGGUACCGCGGCGACGACGGGUCCUCCCCCUUGGGGGAAGAGUGGGGUGUAGGCGAUAACAUGGAUGGGCGCUUCGAGAGAGAUUUAGAUCUUGACUACAACUGCGUUGGCAAAAAUCGAGAGUUUUACGGAUACUAA